AUGAGUUUCUACCAACCUUCGCUGUCGCUAUAUGAUGUGCUAGAUGCACUACAGGCACCACGCCAACGCCAGCCACGGGCCUACGGCUCCUAUGGCUCCUAUGCCCCCUAUGGCACUUAUGGCACGCAUGGCACGCAUGGCUCUUCCUACCCCUACGGUCAGCGCCACCCAUUGCACCACGUAAGGAGCACCCCGUACUACAGGUUUGGCAACCCUUACUACUACAGUCCCGAGUACUACGAAGACGAGGACGAGGACGAAGGUGAUGACGUGCAGGACGGUGACGAGGACGUCGAGAUGGGCGAGAAGCCCUCUUACUACCACGAUAACUCAGGCAAAGCCGCUAGGAAUGCGCAGGAGCACGAACAACAGUACCAGGCUGACAACGGCCUUGUGGACAUCCUGAACGCGUUGCUGGGUGGAUACCCACCAAUGGGCAGCACAGUGCAGCUAGGGCCACAAGGGCAACAGCAAAGGCAGCAACAACAACAGCAACAAGAGGAGCCAGAAGUCGAGGAGCCACAGGAACCUAAACAGAAGCCUGCCGCAGUGCAACAACCAGAGCCACAAGCUCAGGAAACUCCACAAGAAAGCAAGCCACAUAGCGAGUCGAAACCUGCGCAGCAACCAAAGUUGAAGAAAAGAGCCUCGUCUUCUGCGUUCGUGCACCAACAGGCUCCAUCCCCUGUCCCUGAUCCUUUGCAGAUCUCCAAGCCGGAGACCCGACUAGACCUCCCAUUCUCCCCCGAGGUCAACCUGUAUGACACCGAGGACACAUACCAUGUUGUGUUGGCCUUGCCAGGUGCCUGUUCCAAGGCAUUCCGCAUCGACUACCACCCAUCCUCUCACGAGUUGCUCAUCAAGGGUAAUAUCGAGGACAAGAUCGGAAUCGAUGAGAAGUACCUAAAGAUCACCGAGCUGAAAUACGGUGCCUUUGAGAGAACCGUGAAGUUCCCUGUGCUACCACGUAUCAAGGACGAGAGCAUCAAGGCCAGUUACUCGAACGGCCUGUUGCACAUCAAGGUCCCAAAGAUCCUCGACGGCACCGAGAAACCAGCUCCAAAGAAGAGAAUCACCAUCGAGGAUGUCCCAGAUGAAGAGCUCGAGUUCGAAGAGAACCCAAACCCUGUCCAGGCAUGA